GGUUUUUAGUACUUGUGAGCUACGUGGGUUGUACUGUCAAGUUUGUCUCGUAUUAUUUAUUUGGUGGCGAGACUAUAAUUUAUGAACGAAGUAAUCGGGCGAAAGAUAACAUGUUUAGCAUUUUGGCCAGAUAAUCAUUCAUCCAUUAGGCAAAAUACUGUUUUGGCAUUAUAGCUGAUAUCAGUUCGUGAUGAAAACUCUAAAUCUUCUUCCUAACCUUAACUGUGAUAUGUAAAUCAUAAUCCUAAUUCAUCAUACAGGUUAAUUAUCUUCAUUUGAUCUUAAUUAUCUGGUGAACACUCUUAAGCUCACUUUGGGGUCGCUCAAACGUCGUCAAUAAAUUAUAGUCUCACCACACUUUUUUAUUCGUCUUAGUCUUCUGUGUAUGUAUGAAUGCAACAAAUGUGGCCGCAAGUAACGUGCAUCCAAUUUUUGCUUUACCGCGUGAUUUAUGGCUCGUCUGAGUGUAUAUGAUCAUUUUCUGUAUUUGUGGGUGGAGUAUAAGCCAAUAUGCCUCAGCUUAACGCUCAAGUCUUAUUUUGUGCUAGGUCUUGUUAUGUUCAGCAUCUGGUGACAUAAUAAAAGGUCUGACUACUACGUGUCUUUUGCCAUGCUAUGUUGUGUGGUGGUCAUUUCUUACUUAUCUGACAAUGUGGGAUCUCGAUUAUUUUACUGCCUCUUCCCGAAACUAAGUAAAAGUUUUGUUUGGAAAAAUUUAAAAUACAAUAUUUUGGACUCCUUGAUCAAUACCUAGAGAGCAUUUAAAGUUUCCCUCCCUAAAGUGUAGAAUGAUGUCUCUGAUUUAUGGCAGUUACUAGUUUAGCUUUUGAGAACGACGUAGUUGAGUGUCCUGGUAACUCAAUUUACUGUAAAGUUCUUUCAGCUUUUAUGGGUUGGUGGCUAAUAAACCCUCUUCGCAGGUACAAAAGGCUGGUUUUGCCUAUUUUAAUCAUGGGACCUGCUGGACAUACAAUUCGUUUUUCCGGUCUAUUCAAAUCUCGAAUUAGGUGUCAUCUUUAAUGCUCCAUACGUUGUUCGCAUUUAUUCCUCUCAAACUGUAUUUUAGUGGUUGUCUUGCCAAGGUCAGUUCAUGAUUUAAACCAACGAGUCGCUGCUUCUUCGAGCGCCUUCUAAUGACGCUUGGUUUCGUAUAGCCGAACCGGAUGCUUGAUCUAGUGGUCAACUAGCCAAGUGAAGGUUCUAGUCAAAUAUUUUUUUACUAUUCAUAGUUUCUUACAAAACAACUGAAACUAACAUCAGAGAACGCUGAAUACAAUUCAAUGCGAACGAAUAAAGAUAUACUAACAAUUCCUGCACUGUCUUUAGUACUGCAACAAAAGCAGAAUAUUUUUUAUGUGGUUGGAAAUUAAAAUCAUGACACAUACGCUGAUUACUCAUUGUACUGAUUCUUUCAGGUUCUAUAUAUUUAGUUUGCAUACUAAUAAACUAAAUGGUAAAUUUAAAACGAUGUUAUGGAUAAGUAGAAACAAAUAUUUAUAAAUUCCAAAGUUUCAAAAACUAUAACGAUCAAAAUACACUGAUGGUAUGGAAAGGAGUUACAAUUAUGUAAUAUGUCCGAAAGUAGAUCCUAUAAUAUUGGCAAUAAAUGACUAUGUAUUCUAGAGCUUGAAGCUAGAUGUUAUAUAAUUGUAUCAUAUGAAUACGUAAGUUAAUGGUAGUGAGGAAAAAAAAUGCAAUAAACCCACUAGUUUCUCGGUAUCUUCUGUCUGUUGUUUUUUAAUUUCUCAGUCUGAAAAGGAAUUCAUUGAAAGCUCUAUUAAAUAUCUGAAGUUAAACACUAGCAGAGGUGCCUUGUUUCUAAUAUAACUGUAAAGAACUUUCAAAAAAGGAAUCGCAGUACAAUAAGUGUAGCAGUAACCAGUUGGACUGUUUGACAAUAAAUUUUCUCACAAAUUAUUAGUCUUCUAUCGCAAGUAAAUAACAACCAGAUAUGGAAACGGUACUUGAACAGCAACGUCGCAUCCACGAAGAGCGGGAAAGACUAAUAAAUGAAUUGACGAAAGAAAUGCUUUAUAAUCCAACCACACAUAGAGAAAAGUUAAAUUCAGAGCUUCGUUUAAGACUUAUGUAUGAUAGGUAUUUUGAUGUAACACAAGAACUAAGAGAUCUGUAUGAAGAUAAAGAUGGUCUACGUAAGGCUGAUAUACAAACACUUUCCGGUCCAAAUGAAUUUAACGAGUUUUAUGACAGAUUAAAGCAAAUUAAAGAAUUUCAUCGCAAGCACCCUGGCGAGAUAUGUGUCCCAAUGUCUGCCGAGUUUGAAAAGUACAAAGAAAUGAGAGAAAGACCAGAAGAAGCAAAUGCUGUACUUAUUGACUUUUCAGAUGAAGAAGGCUAUGGCCGUUAUCUGGAUUUACAUGAUGUGUAUAAGAAAUAUCUGAAUGUAAAAGGUGUUCCACGCAUAGAUUAUCUCACUUAUAUCUCCUUCUUCGACCGAUUGUAUGAUAUAUCUCGUGAUAAAAAAGGAAUAGCAUAUAAAGCUUACCUCGAAGAGUUGCUUGGCUAUCUUGAAAAUUUCGUAUCGCGUGCAAGACCUAUAGUGGAUUUAGAAGAGGAAACUAAAGAGGCGCUUGCUAAAUUUGAAACACAAUGGACUCAAGGAGCGUUUCCUGGUUGGGGUCGUGAGGCAGCAUCUGCCUUAGCGCAUGGUGGUGCUCAUUUGGACUUAACCGCUUUUACAGCCUGGGAAGAACUUGCUUCACUUGGACUUGAUAGGCUUAAAUCAGCGUUACUCGCGUUGGGCUUGAAAUGUGGUGGAACUUUGGAGGAAAGAGCUCGUCGCUUAUGGGCUACAAAAGGGAAAUCACUCGAAGAGUUACCUGCAGAUCUGUUUGUUACAAAACAACGCUCGACUAAAGGUUUCGCUAAGACAGCUGCAUGGGGACAUGUACCUCCAGCGCUAUCUGAAAAGCUAAAAGAAAUUGCUACGCUAGAGGCUAGGAUAUAUAGACUCAGUGAACUGGUCAAAGAGCAUCGCGAAGCUACCAUUGAGAACGUACAACGUCGUCAGGCACGAAUAGGAUUCGAACGAGAUGAAGAUGAUACAGAUGCAGAUAAGGAUGCAACAGGUGCAGAAAACGGUCAGAAUGGUGAAGAUGAUGAUGACAUUCCUUAUAACCCUAAGAAUCUACCCCUUGGAUGGGACGGGAAACCUAUUCCAUAUUGGUUGUACAAAUUGCAUGGAUUAAAUAUGUAUUAUAGCUGUGAAAUAUGCGGUAAUCAAACAUACCGUGGUCCUAAAGCAUUUCAACAACAUUUUUCUGAAUGGCGACAUGCUCAUGGUAUGCGAUGUCUAGGCAUACCGAAUACAAUUCAUUUCGCUCAUGUAACAAAAAUUGAAGAAGCUUUAGCUUUAUGGCAACGAAUAAGAACAAUGAAAGAAGCUGAACGUUGGCGUCCAGAAGUAGAAGAAGAAUUAGAAGAUUCCGCCGGCAAUGUUGUAUCUCGUAAAACUUAUGAAGAUUUAAAACGUCAAGGUCUUCUUUGAAAAAAAUGUCUUGAAUAAAAUUCUUUCUUGUUCUUGUAAUAUUGUACACUUGUGAAAUAUAAUUUUAUUUUAAUGUAUUUGUUCUAUUGUUCAAAAUAAGAUGGAUUUUUUCUGCAAAAAAAAGAUUGAGUUUGUGUUUUUAAGCAUCUAGGAAAAAAAAUCAAUCUGAAAUGGUUUGAAUUAUCUUGUUUUUAAUAUUUAUGACUGAAAUUUGAUCAGUCUCGGGUUCGAGUCCUGGAGUGAAUAUCAACUCCGGGAUGCAGGUACACCCAAUUGACGAACCUCAAAUAGUACAAAACGCGUGUCCUGUAUUCUAAUUCUAACCCCACUCCAUCUAUUCUGUAUCAGCCUCAAAAAAAUGUUUGUUGUAGUAUUUCUUCACAAUUUUGUAUGUAAUUUAUACUGUUGUUUUGUCUCUGAAAAUAAGUAUCUUGUAAUUUAUUCACCUAAGUACGAAACCAUUUUUGUUUCCAAUCAAAUGGUUAUCUCUGUAAAUAGGAAUGUUAUUUCGUAUUUGCACUACUUGGGAAAUUACGACUUCAAUAAUCUGCUAACUUAGUUUACAGUUGUUAGGUACUUUUAAUAACUAGUUGAAUUGGAACCAGUAAUCUUAUACUGUUGUACAUGGAAUAUGAUACACAAAUCUACAUCUAUUUGUUAUAAUGCUACUGUAAUGAAAUAUUGAGUAGUAGCUUAGCUGCUUAAGUACUGGGCUUUCAACUAGUAGAUUGGUUUUAGGUUCAAACCUCGCCCUACCCAAUUGGAUUUAUAUGGAUGAAUAUUAUCUCUAACCUACAAAAAUAGUAUCACUAUGUUCUAAAGUAUGUUUUUAUAAUUUUAUAAACCAAUUUCCGAUUGUUAAAAUUCAUGGAAAGAGUGCUAAUCAAUAGGUGAUAUGCAAUUUGGGUUGAGUAAUACCUGCCCACGAAACCGUUAUAUUGAUUCAGACCCCUCAAAUAAUUUGAAAUCAAAGACAAAACCAUUAGGCAGUAGAAUAAGUUGUUUAUCUAAUAAAAUGUCCAUGCAUAUUUACAAAACAUUUACACAAAAUAAAUAUGAUAAAUUGUCAUAAGCGAUUCGAAGGAUUCAAUUCUGCAGGUCACUUAUCCUUCAAUCAAUUAAAAUUUCAUCCAUCUUAUCACCUGCUCCAUAAAAUGAUUCUAGAUCCUUCAUCUAUUGAUUAACAUCCUUUCUAUUUGUUUCAGCAAUCAAAAAUUUGUUCAGAAAAUCAUUCAAGUCCUGCUCCGUGACAAACUUAAAACUCGAGUUCAUGAAACCUGUACUUUGUAAAUGAGUUAGGAAUAAAGCUUACUCCUCUAUUAACCUUUUAUUUUCCCAAAUGAGUAGAACAUGUGAAAAUUAUUUUGUAAUACUUAGAUUUCUUACUGACUGUUUAAGGGAAUAAAUUCAUCCACCCUCUGUUUUUGUCAUCAUUUCAAUGAACAUUGUUAGUGGUUGUGUUUGUUAUGAG